AGGCAAACAGUUUGAGAUAAAGUUGUUAUCUUUGGUCAUUAAUACCUCAAGCUUGGUACUCCCUUUGUUCCACAAAACUUUUGCUCUUUUAUUUUUUUGUUUUCCACAAAACACUUCCACUUUUUAUUAAAAAAUCAUUUUUACCCCUAUUUUUUCAUACCUACCUAUCACAUCAUACUUUUUUAGUAAUAAUAGCCAUGGGAAGUAACAGAGGAAGAUUAACUGAAUGCUAUGACGGCCAGAGCUUUUCUUCUCUCUUACUAUCACUCUCCUCCGAAGGGGCACUGCUCACCGGAGUCCACAAUCACCAAUAGAAUAAACUUCAUCUCUCGCGCUGCCAACAAGCACGAUGCUCCUCCGGCUACGCAGUUCGAAUUCGGGGCUCCGUUUCAACUGGAGCGGGGCAUUAGGCGCGGAUUGAUCGGGAGCACGGGCUGGAAGGCGUUUGCAGAUGUCAAGCGCAAAGCGUAUGAUUCCACUGACUCGUUGCAGGAAUCCGCCGAGUGCGACGGUGCUCUAAACGACGGCGUUUUGAAGGAGGACGGCCGAGAGAGCACUCCGGGGUUCCCCAAGCGCUGGGUUAUUGUGCUUCUCUGUUUCUCCGCUUUUCUGCUUUGCAAUAUGGAUAGAGUAAACAUGAGCAUAGCGAUACUUCCAAUGGCAUCAGAGUUUCAUUGGAGUCUUACGACUGUUGGUUUGAUACAAUCUUCCUUUUUCUGGGGCUAUCUUUUGACUCAGAUUGCAGGCGGUAUAUGGGCUGACACUGUUGGCGGGAAGUUUGUCUUAGGAUUUGGUGUAGCCUGGUGGUCUAUAGCAACAGCCCUCACACCAAUUGCAGCAAAUCUCGGGUUACCUUUCUUAUUUGUUGUCCGAGCUUUCAUGGGAAUCGGUGAGGGUGUUGCCAUGCCAGCAAUGAAUAAUAUUCUUUCAAAGUGGGUUCCAGUCUCGGAAAGAAGCAGAUCACUUGCCCUGGUGUACAGUGGAAUGUAUCUUGGGUCUGUCACCGGCCUAGCAUUUUCACCGAUGUUAAUCCACAAGUUUGGCUGGCCAUCUGUCUUUUUUUCCUUUGGUUCCUUAGGCACUGUUUGGUUUGCUCUGUGGCAAAGUAAGUCACACAGUUCUCCUCUGGAUGAUCCUGAUUUAUUGCCCGAAGAGAAGAAGCUUAUUCUUAGCAACAGUGUUUCCAAAGAACCUGUAAAAUCUAUUCCUUGGAGACAAAUUUUGUCCAAACCCCCUGUUUGGGCUUUGAUAGUGUCUCACUUCUGUCACAAUUGGGGAACUUUUAUUAUUCUUACAUGGAUGCCUACAUAUUAUCACCAGGUCUUGAAGUUCAAUCUUACUGAAUCAGGAAGUUGUGCCAUUUUGCCAUGGUUUACCAUGGCAUUCUCUGCAAAUGCUGGAGGAUGGAUUGCAGAUUCAUUGGUGAGGAAAGGUGUAUCAGUGACUGUAGUGAGGAAGGUAAUGCAGACAAUAGGGUUUCUUGGACCAGCUUUCUUUCUAAGUCAGUUGAGCCAUGUUGAUUCUCCAGCAAUGGCAGUUCUGUGCAUGGCAUGCAGUCAGGGAACUGACGCUUUUUCACAGUCCGGGUUAUAUUCAAACCAUCAGGAUAUUGCUCCCCGGUAUUCAGGGGUACUUUUAGGACUAUCAAAUACAGCUGGAGUCCUGGCUGGUGUUUUUGGAACUGCAGCUACUGGAUACAUCCUGCAACAUGGUUCUUGGGAUGAUGUUUUUAAUGUUUCAGUGGGGUUAUAUUUGGUCGGAACUGUGGUAUGGAAUCUCUUUUCAACCGGAGAAAAGAUUUUGGACUGAGUCUUAUUUCGCUGAAUCUAGUUCAUCUUUUGGUCUUGAACAUAGGCAGACCACCAGCAGCUUCACUAUGGAUUUUUUGUAAAUUGAAUUUGCAUUGAUCAAGGUGGCAUUACAUUCCAUUGCUACACCGACCAGUUUUAACCGUUAAUACACCAAUGUGUGUUACUUUGUGAAAAUGUGGCCAAGACAUAUAUUGUAGUAUACAUCUUUGAUCUUUCCAUGUUUAACCCUGCUCUGUAUUUGUACAUAGAACUCGAUUUUGGCGCGAAGGACCGAAGUAU